GGUGUUUCUCUCUGUGACCCUAGCAGCUGCACCCGGGGUUCCCAAAGAGAGGAAAGGAGGGGGUGUUUCCUGGAGACCUUGUGGCGGGCGCCAGCCGUGGGGCCGAGAAGAGGAGUAUUCCCAGCUUUGAUCUCCCACAUUCUUCUUCCUCUCUGCUCUGAGCUGGGGGCUCGAUGACCCUGGGGCGGAGUGAGAGAAGGAAGAGGUGGAGGGAUUAGGGUUGCAGAGAGGCAGAAGAGAAGCUGAGCAGAGGUUCAGUUUACGGGGACACCAGGAGGAGGUGGGGCCGCCCUCGGCCUUAGUUGGCUGCGCGCCCCCUCCUCGAUUGGACAGGGACCUCUCCCUAGACAGCUCCCCGAUGGUUACUUCCUCUAGCCUCAAGCAAGUGUGCCUUCACCAUCAUCCCACCACCCAUAUUCCUCCUUCCUCCCCCAUGCCCGUCUUCUUUUAUCCCUUCUUCCUUAUUACCGUCCCUCCUCCCCUCAGUGACUAGUUCCCCCGUCUUGUCCCGCAGGACCCGCCCGGACUGGACGUCGCCGUAGUCGCUUCCCGGAUCAGCUCUCCUCGUCCCGCUUGAAGCGGGGAGCUCCUCCGUCUUCUUCGCCAAGGAAUGGUAUUGCCCAGGAGCCUAACCCAGCCCAACUGGAAGACCGUCGUCUGAGCCCCGCGUUGGUUUGCCCGGACCUUCGCCUUCCAGCUUCUUCUAGAGCCUCGAUGGGGCUGUGGUUUUGAGUUCCUGAGUAUACUCGCCAGCCUCUGUGGGUUUCUCCACGUACAGCCACCAGCGUAGCCCCGGCAUAGCUCCUUUUUGCCCGCUUCUGUGCUGAGUGUAGGGUCUGGUCUGCCCAGGCGAUAGCCUGCUAGCCCCGCCGCCUGCCAUGGCGCUGCGGCGCUUCCUGCUGCUGCUGCUGCCGCUGCUGCCGCUGCUGCUCUCCCUGGAGUCCCUGCACUUGCUGGUGCCUAUGGCUGAGGCGGGGCCCCGGGGCCGCGGUAACCGGAAUAACUACACUGGCCCUGGAGCCGGGGGCCUGAGGACUGGAGGGACGAUGGUCAGGGGCAACCGGGAACUGAAUGGGACAUCCCGCCAGCCAGCGGUUUCAGAGGGGGGGCGGCGAGGCCGGCCUUCGCCCAGUGUCACGGUCACCCACGAAACGUGUUGGGGUUACUACGAUGUGAGCGGCCAGUAUGACAAGGAGUUUGAAUGCAACAACAGCGAGAGCGGCUUCCUGUAUUGCUGUGGUACUUGCUUUUACCGUUUUUGCUGCAACAAGCGGGGAGAGAAACUGGAUCAGCACCAGUGUAAGAACUAUGUGAGCCCUGGGUGGAUCCAGACUCCUAGCACCCAGGUGAUUCCUCAGGAUCCCCCGAAUAAGUACGACCCGGAGAAAGACAAGACCAACUUCACAGUUUACAUCACCUGCGGAGUAAUAGCCUUCGUCAUCAUCGCUGUAGUCUUUGCGAAAGUCUCCUAUGAUAAGGCCCACCGUCCCCCGAGGGAAAUGAACAUCCACAGAGCUCUUGCUGACAUCUUAAGGCAACAGGGACCAAUCCCAAUAGCACAUUGUGAAAGAGAGACUAUCUCAGCUAUUGAUACCUCUCCCAAAGAGAACACACCAGUCAGAUCCUCCUCAAAAAACCACUAUACCCCAGUACGUACAGCCAAACCUGCAAUAGGGAUCUAUGGGAAAGAUGCUCAUCGAAGUGGAGGUCCUGAUCUUCAUAACUUCAUUUCAUCUGGAUUUGUUACAUUAGGAAGAGGACACACGAAGGAAAAGCCACGGAUAAACAACAUCCUGACAUCAGCUACAGAGCCCUAUGACCUUUCUUUCUCUAGAUCCUUCCAGAAUUUGGCUCACCUUCCUCCAUCCUAUGAAUCUGCAGUUAAGACCAACCCCAGCAAAUAUUCAUCUCUGAAGAGGCUAACUGACAAGGAAGCUGAUGAGUACUACAUGAGGAGACGUCACCUCCCUGAUCUGGCUGCCCGGGGCACACUCCCUCUGAAUGUCAUCCAGAUGUCACAGCAGAAGCCCCAACCCCGUGAGCGGCCUCGCCGGCCAAUACGAGCCAUGUCCCAAGACAGAGUCCUCUCUCCUGAAAGGGUGAUGCCAGAGGAGUUCAGCAUGCCCUAUGACAGGAUUCUAUCUGAUGAGCAGCUGUUGUCAGCUGAACGCCUACAUUCCCAGGACCCACUACUGUCCCCAGAGAGGACAGCCUUCCCAGAGCAAGCUCUGUCUCGUGCUAUGUCUAACAUGGAUGUCUUUGUGUCUACACCUGUGCUGGACCGCUAUCACAUGACCAAGAUGCACUCCCAUCCUAGUGCCUCCAAUAACUCCUACAAUACCCUAGGCCAGAGUCAGACCGCAGCUAAGCGCCAGGCCUUUGCAACUCGGAGACACAACACGGUAGAACAGCUGCAUUACAUCCCUGGACAACACACUCACUACCAUACAGCCAGCAAGACUGAAGUGACUGUGUGACUGGGGUCAGAGCCAGGGACAGGCUGGGUGGAGACAGCUAGGAGAGAAACCUAAUUGUCUUUCCUAAAAGGGUCUUGGGGACUCUUCUGGCCCUUGUCAUUCCACCCUCUCCUACCUUAUCCACAAGUGGAUAAUUAUAGAAAAAUAUUCAAGGGAGGUGGGGGCCAGAUGAGCUGCUUCUGCAACAGAAAGCCAUACCCCCUCCUAGAAGUACAGCUCAAGUCUCCUGGGACUGACUCAUUUCUUAUACAUCUAAAAGUUUUUCUCUCACUUUUUCAAGUGGAAUCAAGAAUUUGUGAGAAAAGGAGAUCGUUCUGAGGCUUCCCAGCAGCAUCUCCUUGUUCCCAAAUACUCUCUCAAUAGGGGUUCAGCUAUUAGAGACCUUCUCCUCAGUAACACCCUCCCCUCCCAGGCUGGGUUGACCAGGGUAUGUGGAGAGUUGGCUGGUUAGGUUGGCAACGUGGUCUCAUUCAUUUAACUAGAACUACAUCAUGGAAAUCUUCUAGUGCCUAAAAACUGCCUACUCACCAGAGCAGUGAAACUGCUGUGUCCAUAAGCACAAAGAUAACUUCCUUGCCCUUCAUCAUAGUGCUCUCAGACCUUACUUUCACAUAAGCCUGAAAGCAGACAAGUUUCCAUUAUUUCUUAUAUUCCUUCACAGAAACUCUGAGUUUAAGAAAUCUACUUAACCACAUCUCCCUUCUUCUAAGCAUUCUCUGCACCCCCUGAGUACUCCUUUCCUUCAGGUCUGUUCUCUGUGAACCCAAAUCCUCAUGGUCCUCUAAUUCAGAAGCUUAAGAGCUCUCCUGAAGUGGUGAUGAAGUAAAUUCUCAUAAAGAGGGAAACCUUGGCCUUAGCCCUAUACAAGGGAAUUCAUAUCAGAGAACUGGAUAGCCUCAGCAUUGUCUCUAGGAACCCUAACUUCAGCACUCUAAACCCAGACUACUGCUCUCAUGCAGGCCUAUUUCCUCUCCCCAGAAUCAAGCCUGACUUCCUAUCCAAGACUGUCAGGCUCUGGGGGGAUUCACUGUGAUCUGAAAGGGGAAUUAUCAUUUCCAUAAUUCCUGGUCCCUCUUUCUUAACCCCAUUCACAUCAGACUGGACUGUUUCAUAUGCAGUCUGUAUUUUAUCCCUCUAAGAGGGCAACCCAGGCUGCAAGCAGAAAAUUAAAUACCACUGCCCCUCCCAUAAGGCAACCUGCGUUUCCACAUUACCAUUGUAAACUUCAUUCUUCUCUUUUGUCCAGACACCAGUCCCCUGUAAUCUUCCACCUGUUUUGUCCUUUUGGGGACUUCUUUUCCCUGAUUACCUUCCCUUCUCUGUUCUGUCAGCUACAAACCUAAUUAGUAUCUACAGCUUCUAGAACUUAUUACUGGUCUGGAUUAAAAAGAGACAGAAUGAUUUUAAAAAUCUACCAAUGGGAUUUUACUUUAUUUAAUGUUUUAUUCUAGGCCCCUUUCCUAGCCCAACUAUUCCAAGCUACUUUACAACCCUUUCCUAUUUCUUAGGUCAGAGAAAUAAGAUGGAGGUAUUGUUGAGGGAAGGGAGAGAGGGGGGAAGGAAGACCAACAGCCUAAUAGAUCCAACUAUAUAAAGUGAUCAUUGGGCAAGCACUUCAUUUCAAGUCAAGUCCUUACAUUUUAGUUCUGAGUUGCUGCUGAACCAUCUGUUGCUGUACUGUGACCCAGACAGAGAAACUAAAUGGAGCUCAUGUGUAUGCUGCUGAGUAGUCUCAUCUUCUGCAGAGUAUAGGUAAUUUACUAGCCUGAGACUGACUACUAAGAUGAGUAUGUGCCAGGCUAUUUUCACUUUUGUAGAGAAUGGCGUCUGCCUCAUACUUAGGACUAUGGUGCCACUGCAGCUUCAUUAGUUUCCUUUCCAGGAUGUUAAAAAGAGAACAUCUUGAAUGAAAACUUUCAAUUAAUGGCCCUAAUUGUUCCCUCUACUUUAGUCACUUUAGCCUUCUAUCACCACUUCCACCAACCUGUUGGAUGGAGUACAGCAUAAGAACAUAACAUUUUAGAGACAACCAUCCUAUUAUGUCCAUCAAAAAAAAUUAGGCUCCAAAUGAAAUGACUUUUAAAUAGGGUAUCUUUUUAUCAUCAUGGAGGUAAAAUAUCUCCCACAUUGAUGUGGUGCCUUCAAAGGCCAGAAAAUUCUUCCAUGGAAGCCUUGUAAAUUUUCCAUCAUACUAGAUGAGAUGACAUUGAAAUUAAUUAGUUUAUUCAACUUAUAUGAAGAAUCCUAAAGCUCUAAUUUUUGUCUGAACUUUGGGAAAAUUACUAUCAGUAGAAGUAUGGUAGAGUGGAAAAUAUAUUGUUUCUGGCUCCAAAUCCUGCAUCUUUCAUUUACUAUUUACAUGACCCCAAACCUAUAGAACAAGUGGCAAAGCUGGGAUUUGAACUCCUGUCUUCUACUGAUUCCAAUUUCACUGCACCAUUGAGCCACACUGCCUGUUUUGUGUCUCAGUUUCCUUUUUUGUCAAAUUAGGGGGAGUUAGUACAUGACCUUUGAGAUCCCUUGCACCACAAAAUCUAUGAUCCUAUGACAUCUCAUCAUCCCACUUUUUUAAUUCACUGUUCAAGCCACUCUCAUUCCAAAGUGAACAGAGACUCCUCAAAUGAUUGGUAUGGGCCACUUGCCCCUUUAGCUUCCCUAUAUGGGGAGUGUCAUGGCUUCUAAGAGCUAAAAGAAGGACAGAUUUUCCACAUGUAAACCUUUUGAGGGCUAGUCUCCACAGGUUUAUCUGAGUUUGUUUUUUAAGCAAUAUGGGAGAAUUGGGUUCAGUGAAACCAAAUAUAUCUAUUACAGGUUCAUGAAAUAUUCAAUUGGCCACAAGAAUAGUGAGGGCAAUCCUAUCAAAAACUUUAGCACAAUACCAACAAACCAAGCCAACUUUAUCCACUUUUGUGAGAAAAGAGAAAGGCAGAACUUCUCUACCAAGUGUUCUCUCCUCUGUCUUUUGUACAUGCAUUUCCACAACUAUUCAUAACCAACAACUGUUGUACCAAUUUGCUUUUCUCAUUCUCUAAAAGAAAUCAGUCAGUAGAAAAUCCAUUUAGUAAAUUUCCGUAAUCUUUGGCAGAGCAUUCUCUCUUGAAUGUUUAAAAAUAUAUUGUCCUCCUUAUUUUGGUCUCUAUUCCUUUUUUAAGUUCUGAUAAAGAUUCAAUUUGAUUCAAUUUAAUUUAGCAAAUAUUUAUUAAGCACUUAUUAGGUGUAAGAGAUUGUGUUAAGCAUUGGCAGGGACAUGAGCCUGCAAUUGCAGUGUCUUCCUUCUUAUUUUUCUCCUUUAAUUGCCUCUUUCUGUUCUCCUAAUCCUUAAAAGAAUACUCAACUCUUAAUAAAAUUGAGUUCUUUUGAAUCUUGCCAUGGUUCCUGGUUGUGUGAAUUUACAGAUUCCAAAACUUUUAUCAAGUAGUCCUUAAUCAUAUAGAUAUUUCCACUGAUGGACUUUGGGAUUCACAAGUCAAUUAGAUGAUAGAUGAUCUUCCAAGUAUCAGCUUUCAAUUUCCUCUUAUUCUUAUCCAAACAUCUUUUUUCUACUUUCAUUCUAAUUCAAUUCCUUUCUUUACUCUAUAUCCCAGCCCUGAUCUCUUCUACCUAAUCCAAAAGCUUGUCUUUCUAUGCACUCUCUCUCCUCAAUUGUCUGCUGCUUUCCUUUCCCCUCUAAUGCUGGUCCCUUCUCCCUAUCCCUCCUCUUGUCUCUAGCUCUAUAAAGCAGAAAUCUAGAUGAAAAUAAUGGAAUUAGUAAUUCCUGAGGUUCCAGGUUCUUUCCUGCCAAACCCAGUUCUGGCCACAUCUCUUAGCUCCUCAGGGAUCUCUCAAUCACACUUGUCUCCCUCCUUUACCCUUAAUGUACCUUAUAUUUAAUACUUAACAAAAGCAAUUUACAUGAAUUAUCUCACUUGAUCUCCUCUUCUGUUUGUAGGUGGUAUUUGCCAUUUAUCUCCAAAAGCUAAAAGUUUAAUUUGUUUCUCAGAAAGGGAAGGAAAGGAGAUCAUUCUCCAUUGUAUUACCCAAAUCAACUCUUCAAUUAUUCAUAUCAAGCACAAGUGAGAAAUUGAACUGAAGAAAUUACCUAAGAGUCUGCCUUUGACAUACACAUGACUACAUUUAAAAAUCAUUUAUCUUCUAACAAACCUGGAAACUUGUUCUGAAAGUACUUCAAGGGAGCUAAUAUCUUAGUAUUUUUCAACAUUCAAAUACUACUUUCCUUAAGCAAACCAUUGUUUUGCUGGAAAAUUAGUAAGAGAAGUAUUUCUGGGCUCUCAUUGGAUUUUCAUUCACAUCUUGACCCUCCUUUGCCCUUGCAACUUCUGACUCCCAUCUGAUCUUCAGAUUUCUCCUUUCUGAGCUGUACAUUACGUCUGAUCUACAGUGAAAUUCUCAGCCACCAAGGGCAUACCUAGUAUAGGGUUGACUCAAUAUUCUUGGCUCACUGAAUCAAGAUCUUGAAACUGCAUGUUUAAUUAUCUAACCAUUCAAUAGGCUUGAUUUAAUAGGUUGAUUUUUAUAGAAACUUGCUUAUAUCAGAAACACCCAAACUAUUCAAGGCUUUUACCCUUGAGGAAUUUGUUUCCUUUUUCAAUGUGGUCCAGGCUGAGAGACAGCUAGCGAUGGGAUGGGAUAUUGACAGGAAUUGGGGAGGUGGUUUUGUCCAUGAAGUCACAAAUCUUGUGCUUAAGGGUAGUUCUAAGGAAUUUCAAAAUUCAUUGAUGAGCAACAUCUUGAAAAGGACAAAGUUUUGUGAUGUAAAAAAAAAUUUUUUUUUCUAAACAGCAAUGAGAUUUGUCUCCUCGAAAACAACUCUGGACACUAAGGUUUUGAUCUAGUUGGAGAAAGUGAAGAAGGAGUCACAGCUGAGCCUCUGGGUAAUAUAUGGAAUUGUUACUGCCCUUGUACCUUUCUAAAACCUCCUAGUAACACUCCAGUAAAGGAUUAUGAGAUGAAACAAGAAGACAGGAUCAAAGUCAAGAUAACUUAGACAAAUCACAUAUGUACCAUCAUUCCUCUACUAAUGACAAAAAUAACAUUGCGUGCCUCCUUAAUGUCAACAUCUAUAAGGAGCAAAUAUCAUUUCUCAAUUGUGUCAUUCUUCCCCUCUUCAACCUCAUUUCCUCUUGCAAAGGACCACCGCAAGGGGAUGUCCCAUUCAUGUCCUUUAUUAAUGGCGGAUACGUUCUAGAUAUUUUGUAGUAAGAUAUUCUCUAAUAAAAGCAAUUCUUACUUUAAGAUUUUAAUUUGGAUACACUAUUUCCUAAGAGGGAUUAAUGAACAUUUUUAUGCAUUAGCCCAAUUUAUGGAUUUCAUCUUAAUUAUAUGGUGGUACCAAUGAAAAAUUAUCUUUAUAUCUCUGUAACUUUGCACAGAUUCUUGAUUAAUCAUUAAGCUUCAAGAUAAGCAGUACACUACUGUUUCCUCUGUAUUAUUCUCCUUGUUCUACUUACCUGUAAAAGCACAUUCUGUAUGUACUGUAAACAAAUAUCAGUUUAGUAAGAUUUAGUCUUAAGGAUUUUUCCACUUUUGUCAGUAACAAAUAUUUAUGAAUUUAAAAAUAAAGCAAUUUCAACAAAA